AUGCCUAACCCCCCCUCGCCACCAUCCCCGGUCUCUUCAGGAAAGAAGAGACCAUAUCCUACUCGCGACGCUCUUCCGACACAACUAGACUCCGCAAAUUCAUCGCAUGACACACCGAACCCUGCCGCGUCCACAGCUGUGCCCGCCGCCUCGCCCGCUCGUUCCUCUACCGCCGCUGCGUCCACCGCGUCCUCCUCAUUCCGCAAUGUCUCCGCGUGCAAUCGCUGCCGACUGCGCAAGAACCGCUGCGACCAGCGUCUCCCGCGAUGCCAGUCCUGUGAAAAGGCCGGGGUGCGCUGUGUCGGAUAUGACCCGAUUAUGAAGCGGGAGAUUCCCCGCAGCUACGUUUACUUUUUGGAAACCCGUGUAGCACACCUGGAGAAACAGCUGGCGGAUAACAAUAUUGAAUUUAAAAAGGUCGUCGCAUUCGAUGAGGAAGAGGCUAUCAAGGUUGAGGCGGAGGGUGACCCCGCGCAAGCCCAGUCCGGCUCCGACGGCCAUGCCGGAGAGGUCGCUGUGGCGGAAAAGACACCAUGGAAGAAUACUUCAAAACAGGAGUAUAGUCAGUCCGAUCAGAGAGAUGGAGAUGUGAACCGCGAUGCGGAGGGUGAUCCAGCCAACGAGGAGAAUUGGCGUCUGCAUAAUUUGGUCUCGAAUAUCGGUAUGGUCUCUGUGCAGGGCACUUCCGAUCCGCGAUAUCUCGGCUCGACAUCAGGGAUCUCGUUCGCGCGCGUUGUCUUCGCCGCGGUAAGAAGUUCACUUCCUGGCAACAUGCCAGAGCGAGCUUCGAUUCGAACGAGCGACAGACUGCCGCAGAGCGCGACUGGCACCACCGGAGCUGGCAGUAUGAGAGAUUCCUUCUUCGGGCUGCAAACAAAACCGAUGAUGAAGCGUGCGGGAUUCCCGGAUCGAGAGCUCGCUGAGCGGCUGGUCGAUCUCUAUUUCGAACACGCGAAUCCCCAGAUGCCGAUCCUCCAUCGGGGUGAUUUCAUGGAAUUGUUGGAUCGCACCUAUUCCCUGGAAGAGAAGAACCGCUCGCCGCGCGCUCUCUAUGUACUUAAUAUCGUGUGCGCCAUUGGCGCUGGAAUUAUCUUUGAUGAUAAGCCUCAAAGCUCAGAUGAUGAGAAUGGAGGCACUCGUGACCGGUCCUCCUCUGGGGCGAAGAGACCGAGACUUGCGAGUCAUCAGUAUCAACCGGAAGAAUACCACGCUUCGGCGAUCGUUCAUCUGGAAUCAUUCCUUGGAUCUUCCUCCAGUGAAGGCUUUGGUGGUUUGGAAGAGCUGCAGGCAGUGCUCCUUCUAGCCAGCUUUGCUCUUCUGCGACCUGUUGCGCCUGGUCUUUGGUAUAUCGUUGGUGUCGCUAUGCGCUUAGCAGUCGACCUUGGACUCCAUUAUGAAGAUGGGGUGGGGAUUGACUCCGCAACGAAAGACGGCAAUCAAGCACACUCGCGGAUUGAUGCUCGCGAACGGGGACGCCGCGAAUGGGUUCGGGAUCUCCGCCGCCGCCUGUGGUGGUGUGUCUACAGUUUUGAUCGCCUAGUUGCUACCUGCGUUGGACGGCCAUUUGGUAUCAGCGACCAGGCCAUCAGUACUGAAUUCCCAUCCAUGAUGGAUGAUAAGUACAUUACCAAGUCAGGUCUGAUUACACCACCCGACGCAUCGCCAACGUAUAAACAUGUCGCUUUCCACUAUUUCAAACUCCGCCUCCUACAAUCAGAGAUUCACGACGUACUGCAAUACCAGCAAGUGCGCGCUGUGCGGCGAAGAGCCUCCAGCACAGCGCUUCUACCUCAUGCUGAAUCUUCCUCUUCUUUCCUCCAGGGCUUCGACUCUUUCCGCUCAUGGCGUCAUGAUGUGCAUCGCCGAUUGGUUGAGUGGCAAGAGACUGCUCCAACACGCACAGAAACGGGUGUGAAGUUCUCGAUUGAGCUACUAGAGUUGAACUACUGGCAGGCUAUCAUCCUGCUGUACCAGCAGAGCUUGACGGUUCCCGCUGAAUUAGCCGGGGAGCUUACCCCGGCCGAUGAUGUCUCCAGUCCGUCUUUCUCGAAUCCCGAUGAAGGCGAUGAGGAGGAUCAUGUCUAUCUUAAUGUCGCCGAGGCUGGCCAAAAGGUCAUUCGAAUUUAUCGCCAGUUGCAUAGAGUGCGAUUGGUGAACUAUACCUAUCUUGCUACACAUCACAUUUUCAUGGCCGGAAUCUCCUUCUUAUAUGCCAUAUGGCACUCACCUUUGGUUCGGAGUCGCUUGACUCUUGACGAGGUUGACUUCACUGUCCUCGCCGCGACAUCCGUUCUGGGUGAUUUGAUGCAUAAAUGCCCACCCGCAGAGGCUUGUCGCGAUGCGUUUGAGCGGAUGAGCAAAGCUACCGUUCAAAUGUGUCUGUCGACCACCGGUUUCGGAUCACAAGUUGACAUGAGCCGUCUUCACGCUACAUCGCAAGCCCAUAACCAAUUCGAUCCCAGACGGGCGCGACAGUCUGCGAACCAACAUUCCCGCGCAGCACAAGGCCAAGCCAGGCGAGCAAACCAGACACGCUCGUCUCGCCCAGUUCCAAAAUUCGACAUGAACCUGGGCGAUUUGUUCUCGGACGGCACACCUAUGGUCGACCCUUCACAACAAGAGGGUAGACCCAGAGGGCCAUCUUACCCUCAGCCGGAGACAAUAGCUCACAACUUCCCCGAUCAAUCUCAGCCAUAUGGACAGCACCAUCCAUCCAUGGAGUACUAUCCGAAAUACGAAACGCAAGGCUCUCCGCAGCCUCAUCCGCAAUUUUACUAUUCCAACUCGCCGCAGCAGAGCGGCUCCCCUGGGAGUCAUACUCAUGGCUUGGCACCAACAGACGCUGAAGCUCCGCAGCCUAUCAGUCUGGAUUUCUUGGAUUUCGGGUCUGGCGACGCAGAGAGCCAGGGUAACCUGGAAGGCGAUGGAAAUCCCGAUUACAACAUGAUGGCAGCGCCAUCAUUGGGUCAAAACUUAGGCCAAAAUGUGGGGAUUGACCUCGGUUUUGGAAUGGCCAUGGACUUCCAGCAUGAUUGGAGUGAGAAUCCCAAUUAUGACCUUCUAGAAGGGUAUUUCUUUGGAGGAUCGGGGGCCGGCGCUUCUGGUGCAGAUCCUUAG